AUGGGGGCUCAACACCCAAUGCCUUCACGGCAUACACCCGAGAAGCUGGCACCGGAAAGCUGGCGGUCAGCGUCGAAGGACCCGUCAAGUCCGAGAUGCACUUUCAAGAUCAGCAGGACGGCAGUUGCCGCGUCGAUUAAAUCGUCGCCGAACCAGGCGACUACCGAGUGUGUCAAAUUCAACGAAGAGCACAUCUAUGAUUCACCGUUCCACGUCCAAAUUGCGCCCGCUUCAGCGAUGAAACAGACGAAAGGCCACCACCUGGAAGAAGCCAGCAGCUCAUCGUCCGGGCUGACCGGCGAGGCAUCCAGGGUCCAAUACCACGGCCCAGGCCUUGACAAGUUCACCGUCGGCAAGCACAGCUCGUUCAACGAUCUGCUGCCCCCAAACUAUUGGUGGUCGCCGUCUCCACAUCGAAAGGACUCUGUGAAGAAGUCAUCGUCAAACGCAUGGGUGCCGGUCAUUUUGUCG